AUGGACAACCCUGGAGCCAUUGUGGGUCUCAUAAUUGGAUUUACCUUCGUCGUUCUUGCUGUUGUAACGACCACUUACGUAGUUGUUCGUAGAAGGCGCCGAUUGGCUGAUAGAAUGUGGGGUUCAUCUGGAGAGGACAUAAAUAGAACUCUGAAUUUUGGGAAAAGACAACUGCUAGAUGAACCUCAUUCCUUCAGUUCAUGCUACAAUAGUGAAUCUCCUAACAACAAUUUUCGUCAUCUACCAAGUCCAAAUAAAUCAGUUGACAGAGUUGAAUUUGUUUCGCAAACUCCUAACCAUGCUAUCAAAGGACUUGGAAAAUUGCAGUUUUCCGUCACUUACGACAGCGCUCUCGAAGAACUGCGAGUCUCAAUUCUCCGAUGUGUGAAUUUGCCAAAUCUGGAUCCUACUCUAAAUACAAUGGACUCCUAUGUGAAAUUAGAACUUCUUCCUGAGAAAAGGCAUCGAGUCAAAACACGAGUAGUGAGAGGAUCGAGCAAUCCAUUCUUUGGAGAAGCUUUCACGAUGAGCAAGGUCCCUCUUAGUCUACUAAAGACUGGCUCACUGCAUUUCAAAAUUUUGACAUUUGAUCGACAUUCUAGGGACUCAAUAAUUGGUGAAGUCGUCUGUCCUCUUAGUGACCUUGACCUUAAUCUCUCAAAGGAGGUAACAACCACUAGAGAAAUCCUCAAACGAAAAUUCAGCGCAUCUGAUAAGAAUCGUGGACUGCUUCUAAUCAGUCUCUGCUAUUUACCAGCGGCUUCUCGACUAACUGCAGUUGUUCUUAAAGCCGAGGGACUGCCGACAGUUGAUCUUGCCGAAUCGCCAGGAAACCCUUAUGUGAAGCUUUAUUUUCUGGAAAAUAACAGAAGAAUUGCCAAAAAGAAGACCCACGUUAAGAAGCGGACCUCAAAUCCGGUCUUCAACGAAGCCUUCGCGCUCGACAUUCCUCCCAACGCAAAGCUGGAAGAUAUAAAGCUGGAUUUCCGAGUGGUAAAUUGGGAGAGGGAUUCCCCGAGCAAGGUGAUUGGUCAUGUCAUUCUGGGAUACUCUGGCAAUGAUCGGGCACGACAACAUUGGAAAACAGCGAUUGAAAACCCCAGAAAGCAAGUUGCUGAAUGGCACAAUCUGUUGGCUUAG